AUGACCGACAUCCAUUACAAUGAACAAGCCCUUCUUGAACAGCUAAUGAUCUGCACAGAAUACGUCGAUAGAGCUGAGAGAUAUGAACUUCUGGGUCCUCUGUACCGACUGAUUAUCCCCAUAUAUGAGACGAGGAAGGACUACCAAGCCUUGCUAACCUGCUACCAGCAUCUAACCAAAGCGUACGCGAAGGUCAUAGAAGUAAAUAAUUCAGGGAAACGCCUAUUGGGACGGUUCUAUCGAGUGGCGUUUUUCGGGAAGGCACACUUUGGUGAGGAUGAAGAGGGUAUCGAGUUCAUUUAUAAGGAACCGAAGCUGACGUCCCUGAGCGAGAUCUCGGAGAAGCUGCAGCAGUUUUACGAGCAGAAACUGGGUGCGGGCAGUGUUAGGAUGAUAAUGGAUUCUGCGCCGGUGAAUCGAGAAGAACUAGAUAGUAAGCUUGCGUACAUCCAAGUGACUUGGGUCCGGGCAGCACCUGAAGGAAUGCUCGCUUGCUCCUCUGGUGGAGAAGGGUCGUUUGACAGGGCGCACAAUGUGAGGAGGUUUGUUUUCGAGACGCCCUUCACGAGAGAUGGCGCUGCUAGAGGGCCUGUGCAUCAUCAGAGAUUGCGUCUCACACAUCUAACAGCGGAGAACUGGUUCCCGUACGUGAAGCGCCGUAUUCCGGUAACGGAAUGUCAAAUAGAGGAGAGGAGCCCGAUAGAGGUCGCCGUUGCCGAAAUGGAGGGCCAAGUCGCCGAACUCAACGAGAUCGUGCACGCUAAAACGCCUGACAUCAAAAAAUUGCAGUUACGGUUGCAAGGAAGCGUAUGCGUGCAAGUAAAUGCUGGACCCAUCGCGUACGCAAAUGCCUUCCUAGACCCUACUCUAGCACCUAUGUAUCCCGAUGACUUAGUGGAUAAAUUGAAAACCACCUUCAAAGAGUUUCUCACAGUCUGCCACGCGGCGCUUACACUGAACGCAAAAUUAAUCAGUUCCGAUCAACACUCGUACCAAGAGGCCCUCGAAGCGAACUAUUUCAAGCUAAGUGAUUCACUCUCAUCCGUUUUGGGUCAACCGCUACACGACAUAUUAGUCAAUGGGAACCUAAGCACCACUGUCACUGGGGUAGAAUUGGACUGCAGUAAUGCUUAG